AUGACUGGACAGGGUUCAGCUACUGGCGGAACAGGUUCUGGAUACAGCGGAGCUCCCAACCGAAACUACGAGGAACGUGCGCAGCACCGGGAGCAAGUCAUGAACAACAUACGGGAGACAUCGCAGCAAGACCGCCGCGUCUACGUCGGCAAUUUGUCCUACGACGUCAAAUGGCACCAUCUUAAGGACUUCAUGCGACAGGCUGGAGAGGUCCUCUACGCCGAUGUGUUGCUUCUUCCCAAUGGAAUGUCGAAGGUGGGCGCCUACGAAAUUGUGGAAUAUGCCACGAGGGAGCAGGCACAGCAGGCCGUUGCGACACUUAGCAACCAGAACCUGAUGGGCAGACUCAUCUAUGUCCGAGAGGAUCGUGAGGCGGAGCCUCGAUUCGGUCCCCCCGGCGGUGCCGCUCGCGGCGGCUUCGGUGGUGGCAUGGGAAGCCCUUACGGCGGCGGCGGCAAUUUCAACACCGGCAUGGCUGGUGGCGGCGGUCGCCAGAUCUACGUCUCAAAUCUGCCUUUUAAUGUGGGCUGGCAGGAUUUGAAAGACCUUUUCCGACAGGCUGCUCGCGCAGGCGGCGUUAUCCGCGCGGAUGUCCAUCUCGGCCCUGAUGGCAGACCUAAGGGCUCCGGUAUUGUGGUUUUCGAGUCCCCUGAAGACGCCCGCAACGCCAUUCAGCAGUUCAACGGCUAUGACUGGCAUGGUCGGCUACUCGAGGUCCGGGAGGAUCGUUUUGCCGGCCCGGCUAUGGGCGCCGGUGGCUACGGUCGCGGCGGUUUUGCUGGAGGACGUGGAGCAUUCGGAGGCGGCUAUGGCCGCGGUGGAUUCGGCGGCCGCGGUGGAUUCGGUUAUGGUGGUGGACGUGGCGGCUAUGGCGGCGGCGUUGGUGGUUUUGAUGGCGGCAGCGCCUCAGUACCCCCCAAUCCGUUCACUGACCACGCUACAUCGGGUGUCGAAAAGUGCGACACGAUCUAUGUCCGCAACCUCCCCUGGUCGACGAGCAACGACGAUCUGGUCGAACUCUUCUCCACAAUCGGCAAGGUCGAACAGGCCGAGAUCCAGUACGAGCCGAGCGGUCGAUCUCGCGGUAGUGGCGUGGUCCGCUUCGAUAACGCAGACACCGCAGAGACCGCCAUCUCCAAGUUCCAGGGCUACCAGUACGGCGGUCGCCCUCUCGGGCUGAGCUACGUAAAGUAUCUCACCCCGGGCGGUGGUGACAGCAUGGACACCGAUCCCCACGGCGGCCUUACGCAGGACCAGAUCAUGUGA